AUGUUUGAUGAUGACGAACAUUUUGAUUAUAAGUCAUAUGAACCUACAUUGCUUCCAUCUAUUAUAUCAGCUACAAAUCAACCGUUUACCAACAAGUCAAACGAUCCGGCCAUAAUGUCGUCGUCUACACAAAAUAAAAAACUAUCAGUUCGUCCGACGAAUGUAGCAGAUAUUAUUCUUAACCUUAAAAUGAAGCAUGAUUAUCGUGAGCUUCUUGAAUUUGUUUCUGAACUCACACGUUUAAAUGGCAAAUUGUCGAUUUUACAAUCGUAUACACUUCAUUUAUUGAAUGAUCCUGUUGAUAUGAGUAAUCAAAGUGAGAAAAAAAUCUAUCGACCAAAACUCUUUCUUCGUAAAAAUGAUGAAUUCGGUCCAUUCAAUCAUUAUCAUCUCCUAAAUUUACUUGAUAUUGAAUAUGAAUGCCCUAAUCAAGGUGAAUUCCCUGAUGUCUGGAAAACGACUGAUGAUACUACGGUAACUGUGAAAGUUUUUCAGCGUGUGUCACAACACACUGAUCUUUCUCUCUCAAGUAUAAAAACACAUGCAGUUGAAAAUGAUACAACAACCUUAAUCGAUAUGUUACGUGUCAUAUGUCGAGAAAACAAUUAUGAUGAAACAGAUGCAACGAAAUGGCUCGACUGUCUAAAGAUGGAAAAUAUCAAUACUAUUGAUCAUCUUCGUAACAUCACAAAAGAUUCUUGGGAUAAAUUAACUCUUAUUACUCAUGUUAGUAAACAAUUAAUUCGAGAUUAUAUGGAAAUCAAUAAUGCCAUUUCUUCAGCUGAUCAAAAUUCUGACCCAUACAAGCAAUCGAAAGCAACCUUAAUAGCUGAUAUUCAUCGUGUUCGCCGAUAUUUUUAUCAUAAAAUAAACAAACUUCAUUUGAUUUCCUAUUUAUCUCGCGAUGCUGUUGAUUUAGCUAUUGAAGAAGUCCGAAAAACAUAUGACGACGAUGGAAAUAUUUUAAUUAAUAUCAAAAAUUAUCUUCGAACAUUCUGUCUGAACAAUCUAAUUGAAGAUAAAUCUUCGUACGAACAGCGCAAAAAUCAAUGGGCCAAUGAAAUCAUCAAACUGAAACAGGAACAAAGGACAUCAAAUAUGGAAAGCGAACGAUAUCGAAGUCGAUUAGAAACUUAUAAAGGAGAUUUAAAAACAACAGAAUCUCGAACGAAUAAUAUUAUUGAACGAGAGAGAAUUGUGUUAAACGAUGCUGCAAAUCGAAAUGAGCAAGAAGCGAGAAAAAAAAGAGAGCAGUAUUAUGCAGAGCGAAAAAGAGCCAUUUUCGACUUGGAGAAAGUUCAAAAAGAAUAUGAACCAUUGAAUAAACUUUAUGCAGAUUCAGUGGCAAAAACAAUCAGUAUUAAAAAACAAAUUGAAGGCUUAGAAAAACUGAUGCAAUUAAAAUUAGAUGAUCAACAUAAAAAGUUAAUCGUCAAAUAUGGACGUGGACUUUUACUUUACGGUCCGCCAGGAACUGGUAAAUCUGAGCUGCUGAAACGAGUCGCAGUUUAUGCUGGUAUAACCAUGAUUACUCAACCACUAGCUGCUGGUGAACUCAAUCGACCAUAUGUUGGUGAAACAGAAAAACUUCUUGUUGAUAUCAUGUCUCGUGCAAGAACUAUUCCGUAUUUGAUUUGUGCAAUGACGAUCGAUGAAAUCGAUGGUCUGGUUCCCAAACGUGAUAGUAAUGCUCAACAAGGCAAAGUUGAUGGCAUUAGUGUGUUAUUAUCUCAUAUCGAAGGUGUGAAAGAUAUUCCAAAUUUAAUUGUUUUUGGUGCGACGAAUCGUCGAAAUAUGAUGGAUGAAGCAUUUCUACGACGAAUGCAAGCAAAGGUAUUUGUUGGUCGACCAUCACCAGCUAUUCGAAAUAAUAUGUUGACACCAUUGGUUUGUAAAGAUUCGCAUGUGUUCACACCGAAACGUCUUGAUGCCUUAGUAAAAAUUACUACAAAUUUUAGUGGCGCAGCGAUCAGUGCACUAAGAUCAAAUGUAAUUAUUGAAAUGGAUGGAAAUCAGAAUAUAACUGAUCAUCGUCUUUUAGAAUUAACUGAUACUGUUGCUCGAGAAUUUAAUAUUUGGUUUGGAAUUAGUACACUACCGGAAAUAUGUCGUCUAAAUUCAACGCUGCUCAAUUCAACCUCAAAUGAAGAGAAUUAUUCGUUAGAUUUCGAUAAUUUAAAACCAACGGGACGAAUAUUAAUUGAUUAUACUGAUAAGAAAUGUUUGAUCGAAAUGCAAAAUGAACCAACAUUAGAAAAAAACUUAGAUAAAAAUGAAACAUCUCUUUCAACUUUAUUAGGACGAUUUAUUCAUGGUUGUUCAACAAGAAAUAUUGAUACAAUCCAAACGAUUGAUUUAAACUUUUUAAUUAAACAGAAUGCAUUUGAUGAGAAUCAAAUUUUCGAAUUAUUAACAACAACAUUUCUUGAAUGUAAUGAAUAUAAUCGAUCGAUGUUAAUUUUUGAUAUCGAUUCAUUAAUUAUGUUAAAUAAAUCCGAUUCGGAGAUGUCCAAAUCAAAAUCAAUUUCAAACAUUCGAGUUUAUCAAUUUCUUCGAGAAAAAUGUAAAACAUCGAUCGUAGAACAAACUGAACCGAAUGAAAAAGGUAUUGUCACAAAAAUUGAAAAAUGGAUUGUAAUGAUAGUCAAAGAUCCUUGGUUAAAACAUACAUUAAUUGAAGAUAUCGCCUUUCAAAAAUCAUCCGCACAAUUAAAUCAAGAACAACGAGAAGAAGAUAAACGUCUUGAAGAAGAAACAUCACGAAAAUGUCCGAAAUGUUUACGAAAUUAUACUCCUAAAGAAACACGCGAUGGAAGUUGCCAUUAUCAUUCUGGAUUUGUUGUGGAUAUUAAUCGACCUGAUGAACAUCUUACUAGUGAACAAGCACAAUCAAUUCUUCAGUGUGCAAUUUUGAAAAAGUCAUCCGAAGAUGAAAUGCCAAAAUUAUUAUGGGCAUGUUGCUUACGUAAAUAUGGAGAGUCAUAUCAAACAUGUGAAACAGAUAAGUGCGGUUUGCCAAAAGAAUUAGAAGGAAAAGUGAAUAUGAAUGAUUAUAAUUAUAUUAAUCAAGUGCAAGAAUACUUCAAAACGAAUCCGAUUGCUAAAGAAAAUUUAAGAGACUUUUUGAAUAGAUAUAAACCAACAACAAAUACCAAUGCUCAAUCUACAAAACCAUGUAAAAGUACUAACUGGAGUUCCUAG